AUGAAACCUCAAAAAAGUAUUAUAAAAGAACUCAAAACUUAUGAACACAAUCUCUUUAAAUAAAAUAAAGAACAUAAAAAAAUUAACAUUAAUGACUUUCCUAAUCUUUCUAGGAAACCUAUUGAAUGGACAGAUUGUGAUCAAUUUAUAAAGCUCAGAUUAUUUAAAUGUGAUAAAAGAUUAGCAAUUAAAUUAUGUUAACAAUACAAAAUUCAUAGAUCAGAUCAACAAUUUUUUGAUACAAUAUAAAAUGUAAAUAUUGAAAAUGAAGAAUAUAAGAAAAUUUAAAAUGUUACUACUUUAUGUUUAUUAAUUAGAGUACAUCAUUUUUAUUGAGGCAAAUAAGAUAAAAUCAAUUAAACAAAUAAAAACAUAGACUAGAUUUCUAAGAAUCAUAAUUUGACAGUAGGAUGUCAUCAAUUCUUGACCAUUCUUUUUCAAAGUUCUAAAAAUCUCUUGAUAAACAUAAUGAAAUAGAUGAUAAUUUUUAGCAUACAUUUAAUUUAAAACAAUUAACUAAAGACUAAUUGUUGAAAAAAUUAUAAUUAUUGUAACAUUUUUUAAUUUAUAUUAGAAACAAAGGACUAAAAAGAAAUUAAUUGACUGAUAAUAUAUAAUCAAAUGAAUCUAUUCCAUAAGUCAGCUUUCCUAUUACCUUUACAUCUGUAAAUAUAUGAUAUUUAUCAGCAAGAUGCAUAGAUCAUAAACUGAAAGAAAGUAUUCUAAAGGAUAUACUCCAUCAUCAGGUUUAUAAACUUAAAGGGAGACAAAAGCAAAUUUUACAAAGACAUUUGUAAAAUGGUAAUCAAAUUCAAGAAGCAAUAGAUCACUUUAACAAAGUAAUAAAAUAAGAGAAGAUUAAAUAAAAUUAAAGCCUUCUUUCUCAAAAGAUUUAAAUAGUAUAAAAAAUAUAGGAUCAGAUAUUGGAUUGGUUAAAAAUAAAAGCAAAAGACAUAUGACAAAUUAUAGUAUAAUUAAAUAUAUUGGUGGUUUUGGGUGA